AUGGCUGAUCGGCUACAUAGCUUGACCCUCGGCAUGCGAGGCAUGCCCAACGCCAACAAUAACAGGUCGUCAAAGUCACGAGCUUACGACUCUGUUCGAUCGCCAGUCUCGCCUCUAUCGCCGGCAUAUCCAGUCCAGACGUCCUACGAAGAUCUACGUCGGCCUGAAGCACGAAAGCUGCUGAGAGAGCAACUCGAAGGCACAUUCCCGGAAGUUGGUCGCCGAGCUUCAGAGGACACAGUCAGAAGCUCCUCCAAGAUGCAGCUCAUGGACAAGUUCACUCGGAGGACCUCGAACAUGGAUAUCGCGGUCAACGCUAGUGCGAAGUCGUCGUCCUCAACCGUCGACAGCCUUGCACCGACUACUACCUUGGCAUCGUCGACAGGGCCGAGUGCCGAGCUCGAUAUUGCUAGAGCGAUACAGUUACUACAAGAACUGAAGAAGACGGCAUCGCCAGAUGAUCUAGUAGCACUGCAUAGGGCACUGCUUCCCACGAAAGAAGUUGAGGUGGUCUCGAGUCCUCAACAGGCUUCAUUCGAGGAGAGCAAGCCGACUAGCACCGCACCCACCUACCAUCGAAGGUCUGCCCUACCGCCAGGUCUUGCGACACGAGGAGGACUAUCUGCGGACAUUCUUAGGAAGCCAGAAGAUGCGACACCACGGAACCGUGCAAGCGAUCGACCGACAGGCUGGCUCAAACAUAGUAUGUCGAUGGGUGCCCAGACUGUCGCGCCGCCUGCGCCAGUACACAUACCUUCGCCGUCAGUAAGCAGCCUUGCCGCUCUUGAUUUAGCAGACGAUGUGACGAAUCCAGUCGGCUCACGUGCCGUCACUCCAGGCGACUACCCAUGGUCUCCAAGUGGUGGCUACCGGCCAGGCACGCUUCACAUCACGAAUGGCGCAGCAUCACCGGAGCCGAGUAUUAAGGCUGGGCGGAGUGCAGACCACACUGUCGCUGGCCAGCAUCGACUCGAAGAUGGCUACUUUCCAUCAUUACGAGCAGACAGCAGAGCAAGCUUUGUUGUGAGUCCUAUGCCCGGGAGCGAGACAUUGUCGCGUCGCAUUAGCGACGACAGCAUCUCGAUCCGCGACCGUAUCAUGAGCUCGGACAGAGCAGUGCAGCAGCGCAAGCAGCGCGCAAGCAGACUGUCAGGCAUCUCCACACCAUCCAAAGAGUCUUUGAGGUCGUCAAAAGCAGCGUCCCUACGCAUCACGCCUAAUAUGGGACGGCAAAGCUUCGACGAUGGCAGUGUUUCACCUGUUUCCGAUGCCCCCACGCCGCGUUUCAAACAGAGAUGGAGCCACCGAGCUUCUCAUAUACCUGCGGAACCCACGAGCGAUAACGAGCCUUCGUCCAAUAAUACACACGAACAGAACGUACUACGGGACUUCGCCAUGCGGUUAUCCACUGUAUAUGAUAGCGACGGAGAUGACGGGGUUAAUGAAGUGAACGGCACCCCAGAAGCUGCUCUUUCUCGACUGACAGGCGAUGCAAAGUCGACCACCAGCGUCAGUACUGUCAUCGACCGCUCCAGCGAAGAGACUCUACCGAGUCCCAGACUGCAGACGCAAGGUCCUCGUCCCAUGCCAGCGCACAAAGACAGUGGCUACGGAUCAGGCGACUCUUGGCGAGUGUCUUCGACCAAGCUAUACUACGAGCGCCGUGAGAGCCACACGGGAGUGGCGCCCUCCGCCUCAAGUCAGAUGGUCGUCUCCAACUACGCUGCUUUUCUAGGUAACGCCUUCGACGACGAACAGGCUACCAGCCCGAUGGAGAUAAAGUCAGUCAAGACUCUCAUCCCGCAGAAGAUCAAAGACACUACCGAUGUCGAGAGUCUGUACACUUUCAAGGAAUUCCUCACCUCGCCAGCUCGAAAUGCUGCGGUGACGAAGCCAAAGAAGAUGCUACCAGCUCCACUUCUCAGACUACAUACACUGAAAACUGACAAGCGCUCGAGCUUGCCGACCUUGCCUAGCCCGACCAAGCUGGACUCGACUGACUCUGUACCUACCAUAGCUUCUCUACAAAUCUCCCCAGCUGGCCACGUAUUGCCGUCCACCGUGGCCAAGCAGCAGAAGAAGCUACAGAAAGCCAUCCCACCACAUAUCAAGAAGCAGCGGAGAGAAGAAGCUCAAAAGCUGAAGGCAUGCCAAGCUUCUGCGCCUGAGCUUCCUGCUCUCCCUGACUCGGUCUUGUCUGGUUUCGCUGAUCGCUUUUCGCACUUGCCUUCUGAUGCGGAUCUGCAUCUAGCUGCCGAAGAUCACCAUCUCGAGAAUACUGGCCGCGUUGUUCAAGCCACUGCUCCUCAAGAGAUGGCUGCCACUGAUAGUACCGAGAUUGGCGCUUUUGAGCGUGGCCGUGGCCGAAGCAAAAGUGUUCACAACACCGUCAUGCGCUCAGCCUCGCCCGACACAGGUCGUGGGUGGAGCCUGAUGAAACUGCGAAGCAAGAGUGCUGGCCGCCACCGAAACCAGAACAUGAAGAACCCAGGUUUUGACAUGGUCACCAAGAAGGAUGAUUUGCACGAACUGGCAGCUUCAAGCCCUGGCGACGAGACACCACCGGCAUUUUCUGAUUUUAGUUCAGUGGCGCAGACUCUCGGAUCCGGAUCUUACGACAUCGCAACGAACCAGGUGAAGCGUAGGACAGCUCCGGCACGUGGUGCGACGCUUCAUCAGCUCCAAACGCCGUCUUUAAUUACCACCGGGUUACACAAGAUUAAAGCUACGAAGGGUAUGGACAGCACGGCAGCGUCGGAACUUGCACGCAUGAAGAGCAAAGAUUUCGCGAAAGGAGACACGGUGCCAAUACAGGACCGCCCACGAAUGGCUACACCCAAGAGUGGCAAGUCCAGUACGCCCACCACACCUACACGCCGUGUUGAGGAUCGAUUCCCGGAUUGGACGAGUAAAGCAUCAUCUCAAUCGCCAUCGUUGGAGCGCUCGCCGAUCAGUGCAAAGAAAGACUACGCAGAGAGCAUUCCACCUAUGCCAGAGUUGCCCGCUGAUAUGGUCUUCAAAGCCUCGAAGUCUGAUGACCUUGUGGCGAAGAGACUCAAAGAUAGCACUGUCUCGUCGCCGGACGCCUCAGCGCGCAACAGCAACGAGACCAGAGAUCGGGCUGAGAUGCAACGCCUUGCAGAAGUGGAACUCAUCGGGCACGGCAAAGCUGAGAUGGGUCCACAAGUCAUCCACGACAUACCUGCUGGGCUAUCGCGCGCAGAACGUGCAGCCGCCAAACAAGCUGCUAUCAACUUCCACGUUCGCGAGCUCGCAGGCUCCAGCUCCGAGAACUCCAGCUUCGUCGAGCCUGCUCACGAGGCUACGAUUGUUGAGCCAGUCGCGGAAGUCACGACGCCGAGUCACGAUUCUCAGCACGCAGGUUGGCCAGGCUGGGAAGAACAAGCCAAGCUCUGGCGUAAGCGUCGCGAAUCGUUAAACCAGAGAUUGGGCAUGCCCGCUGGCGACGAGAUCUCGGUCAUUACUGCCGAGUCACCACCUGUCUCGCGCAAGACUUCAGCUGCUACUACUGCUCUGCAGCGCGAGCCAUCCAAGGGUCCAUCGAUCGUGGUAUCAAGAUAUAUCACACCACUCGCAGCCGAGACAGUCGCCCGAGCAAAUGCGCGCAAACGACCCACGGAUAUGGCAUCGCAGCACUCGGAUCUCUACCGUGAGCUGAUCCAGACAGAAGACAAAGAGAAUCGACCGACCAAGGAGGAUGUGCCGAGGACAGACAGUGCCAUCACUACAGCAUCGACUUCGACCUUCGUCACGCUGAAGUCUUGGGAUCCGCGACCCGUGAAACCGGAUGUUCCUCGGACAGGCACUGCGGGUACCAUGAAGAGCUAUACCAGUACCACAACUACCACCACCAUCAACCGAGCCAGGAGUCCGGGCGGCAGAGUCAGGACACCGAGCGGGAACUACUUCCCUUAUGUCCCACCACAGCAGAACUAUAAUUCCACACCCAACAUCACCUCACCAACCAGCCCAGCCAUGUCGUCGAUACAGGCCUCUCGCGCUGCGGCAUUCGCGAGGAUAAACGAGGCCGCCAAUAGUAUGCCCUCUCUAAUUUCCACCAAGAAGACGUCCAGCACGAACGUCCCGACUGCCGCUUCCCAGUCCACGCUCACGUUGAACAGCAACCGUAGCUCGGAGAAGGUAGUGGAUCGGUACUCCGGUGGUCUACAGUAUGGUUGGGAUCGAGGAGAAGGGUUCUCGGGUAGUGCGGGCACGAGGGAUAGUGGGAGUGAUUUUGCCGGGAAGAGGAGGAGCAAGCAGAUGGGGGAGCAGUGGGGGUUGGAUUUGAGUGAUGUGCCUGUGUUUUUGCAGAAGAGGGUUGUGUAG